UUUAAUUACUCCUUUACUAAAUAAAAAUUCGAGGCCCAGGCUAUCAAAUUGCAACGCGAUUCGUUGCAAAAGAUUUGAUUAUUAAAUUUCAAUCUCAUCAAAGCCACGACGGAUCUAGCACUCCCCAUCACCGGAAGAUUUCGCCGGUCACCGUAAUCAAGGUAAAAGCGUUGAUUAUAACUGUAUUUGGGAAAAGCAUCGGAAAUGGGGUUUUUGGUGACUACUCUGAUCUUCGUAUUGGUUGGCAUAAUCGCAUCAUUGUUAACCAGAAUCUGCUGCAACAAAGGGCCAUCCACUAACCUGUUACUUCUGACAUUGAUUAUUACAGCGACUGUUUGCUGUUGGAUGAUGUGGGCGAUAGUAUACUUGGCACAGAUGAACCCUCUGAUUGUUCCCAUUCUGAAUGAAGAGGAAUGAGAUCUCCAAGUGCCCAUGAACCCUGCAUCGUUGAGUGUUACAGGGGUAAGCCAAAAGCAGUGAAUUACAUUGGAACCCUCUUAUGUAAUAUUUAUAUUACAUUUUUGUUAAUGAAAACAUCUUCGAAGUAUUUAUCAGAUUGUACGCCAUUUUCCUAUUUGUAAUCCUUUCCAUGGAUCUUAUUCAUUUGAACGUUGCUAUCUUGGUUUAUGUACCUUGAGAGAGAAUAAAUAUGGUUUGUGUUA